AUGGGUCCCGCGGAGUCGUCUUCCCCUCUUCCCCGCGUCUCAAUCCAGGCAGUCCGCGACACUCUGCCCGCUGGCGAACCGUGUGAGCUGGAAGUGACUGUCCACAACGACGAUGCAGAGUCCACAAUGACGAUCCUAGGCUGGAAUAAUCCGCUCGAUAGCAUGGCCGUUAUUCUUGGCGUUUUCGAAAUCCAUGAUAAAGAGACGGGUAACUUGGUUGAGAUGGAUCGUAUACAGGUGUCCAGAAUGCUUCCUCCUCCGCCCGAGCAGUUGGUCGAGAUCGCACCGAGAGCAUCAGAGAAACUGCAUGUGGUGCUGACAGGAGUCAGCCUGUCUCCGGGUCGCAUGUAUUCAAUUCGUGCAAAGGGAUGGUGGCAGUCCAUUUGGCACUUGUCCAAAGACGAGGUGAUUGAAAAGUAUCUCAAAGACCAGUCUGGGGCAGUUUCGGGGGACUUCUUGUCCAACUCUGUGGAAGUUAAACAGAGAUGCUCAUGCCUCCAGCCUAACGUGGCGGUUUGCUCUACCAUCUUCCUUGAGACUGUUACGGGAAAUGCAAGAUUACCAUGGACCCGGUCGCGGCAAUAA